GAGGGGGAAAGGCGGGGAGAAAGGGGCCGAGGGAGAGAAAGCAGACUGAGAAAAAAGAAAAAAGACUGAGAGGGCGGGAGCUCUCGGGCUUCAUCCCUUUACCGGGGUCUGUCUAGCGGGUCUCUCACCAGCCCAAGGACGAGGCUGCCUCGGGGCCGGCUUCCAGGCCAAGGGCCUGUAGAUGUCAGAGGAUCCCCAGAAACCACAGCAGGAAGGGGCUCCGAGCUUCCCCUGGAGUGGGAGUGGGGUGGGCUGGAGCAGCUGUUCUGGUGCUCGGCCCCAUCCCAGGUUCCUAACAUCCUCUCCUCGCCCACAGCCCAGGUUUCCCUAACUCAGCCAAGGGGUUGGGCUCCCCUCGUCUGGUCUGCACAUUUCUGAGCACAUGAACCUCUGUGCUAUUGGUCUGGGGAUAGGGCCCAGCCUGGGGAGGGUGGCCUCACAGAUUUCCAUAGGUUUUGUUUCCACACGGACCCUGAAACCUGCCCACAGUCUCUCUUGUCCUUGCGAGUCUGAGAAAUCUGGAUUUCUUUCCCAUCUGUCUUUGAGUGUGCUUUUCGCAUUCUCCAGACCUAGGCACCUGGCCUCAGGUGCCACGGAUUGUAAAGAAGACCCCCCGCACCACCUCCCACACCCCCCACCACCUCCCACACCCCAGCCUGACACCCAGACGUCACACUUGAUCACUGACUCGGUUGCCUUUCCCCAGAAAAACCUAAGGUGUAUCAAGGUGUCCGGGUGAAGAUCACCGUGAAGGAGCUGCUGCAGCAAAGAAGGGCGCACCAGGCAGCCUCAGGGGGAACCGAAGACAGCAUUAUGUGUGCCCUCUCAUCCGCAAAGAAAAUCUCUCCCGGAAACUUCCUUUCUGGGAGCCCUUCAAGGAGAGAGGAUCUGUGGAACAUCCCCCCUCCCUCUUCACUCUUCUGGAACCCAGCCUCUGAGGUCUUUGAUCUGAACAGGCAGAGCAAAGCGAGCUCUACUUUGCUCUCAGGAAGAUUCUAUCCACCCAGAGCCUCCCAGGCACAGAGGAGUAAUAGAGGGAUGAUUUAAUUACGAGAGCCAGAUGUAGCAUCCCUCCCUGGGAACCAGCAGAAGGACCUGGGGGCCUAGGACAGCUCUGAGCUGUCCGGAGGCACCAGUGUCCACCUUGCAGAUCCAGACUCACCAUCUCCCGCAGGACUGUAUUUUGAGCCUGAACCAAUUCCUUCCAUGCCCAAUUAUUUCCAGCCCCGAGAAUUCUCCAGUUGUGUUUCUUGUGAAGAAAACCCAAGCUGCCUCGACCAGAUCUUCGAUUCCUACCUUCAGGCAGAGACACACCCGGACCCUUCGCUCACUUCCAUGCAAAGUACUCCCCACUGUUUCCCAGACAGCUUCCAGGCUGCCCCUUUCUGCUUCAACCAGAGCCUGACCCCAGGAUCGCCUUCGGAUUCCUCCACGCUCUCCGGUUCCUUAGACUGUAGUUACUCUCCUGCUCAGCUCCCUGCGUGUGCUCCGGAGAAUUACGGCUCUCCGCCUUCUCUGGACCCCAGAAACUGCAGCUACCCCUCAGAAGACUACCUGUACCCUCCCCUGCCCUUGCACGCCCAGUACGACUGCUUCUCCACCGCCCCUGCCUCGGUCUGCUGCUGUGCAUCCUGCGAGGCCGAGCACCUGGACCCCCUCCGAGCUUCUGAGUAUUUUUCCUACCCCAGCACAGACUGUGUGACCUUCGCUCCCUCAGCGACAGCAGGCAGCGAUUUCUACAAGAGGGAAACAAACUGGGACACCUGCUAUAGUUAAUAGCAAGGACAUUAACUGGGAACCUUGGCGUGCCUCUGGCCAUUUUUUACCAUCUCUCGAGGACAACUCAAAAUAUGCAGCCCGGUAACAAGAUGACGCAGGCACAGGGGUACCUGUCACCAUUUUCGAUUUUCCGACACUACUUUAGGCAUGAAGAGGAAGUCCCCAGACCCAGUCCUAGUGCCACUCCUACUUUGUCUGCUUUCAGUUAAAAUUCGUGUAGGGAACAUACCAUUGUUUUACUUUCCUGUGUAACGAACAAAGGCUAGUUUUUUUUAAACUAAUAAAUAAUUUUGUAUCAUUAAAA